CAUCAUCAGUAAGAUCUCAACUCUUUUCAUAAGCACAUCGAAAACUAACCAAAAUUUUUGGAAGAAAAUUGUCGUGAAAAUUUUUGUUUAUAAAUUUGUAGAAAUUUUUUCCAAGUAGUUUAGUAAAUUCAUUUCGCCUUUCUUUUGUUUAAUAUCCAAAUUAAAUUCAUUGUUAUUCAUGAUGACAAACCGCCUGACAGAGCAGCUGGUAGAAACCAAGGCCAAGUGCUCCGACUACCGCAAGGCUGUGAGGUUGAAUGCCUGGGGCAACGACCUGGUGGACAUCACCAUUUGCCUUAGGAUGCCGCUCCUGGAGGUCCUGGCCCUCAGCUUGAACAAGAUCAAUACGCUGAGCAGUCUGGUGAACUGCACUCGAUUAAAGGAGCUGUAUUUGCGCAAGAACGACAUAACAAGCUUCGAUGAGCUGAAUCACCUGUCCAAUGCCCGAUCCCUAAUAUCACUCUGGCUGGAGAACAAUCCGUGCUCCGAUGCCGCUGGCGCCGACUAUCGAGCAUGUGUGCUACGUAAGCUGCCCAAUCUGAAGAAGCUGGACAACGUAGACGUUUCCGACCUGGAGGUGCAGGCCGCCCUGCGGCACGAGUACUACCCGGAGCAAAAGAGUGCGAUCGUUGCUCCGGUAGCGGAGACGUCCUUAAAGCCCGGCUGCAGUCCCAAGGUCAAGGCAUGUCUCGAUCGGAUAGAAAAGGAGCGGGAACGGGUGCGUGAGAAGGAGGAGCACGAACGUGAGCUCGAGCAGCGGGAAAGGCAGGGUUGUGAAAACUACGAUGAUAUGCAGCUGCCCAGGCCGAAUAGAUUUGCUGGCGGGGAUGCCCGCGAUGUUAGGGAAAAGUUUCGAAUAAGGAGUCCAUCGCCACAGGGCCGAAGGAAAAUCCCGAGUGAAAAAAUGAGCAGGUGCAUGCAGCCCAAUCCACAUCCUGUGCCGAAGGAUCAGCAUGAUCAGCAGCCGGUACAGCCGGCACAGUCGGUACAGCAGGUUCAGCAGCGUCAGCAGAAUCCCCCGGGUCACAGGGUCGCCAACGCUUCCGCUGCUGCCAUGCUAAUAGCCCAAAACCAUAUGGAGAGGAUAUCCCCAUCACCACCGAUGCCCGCCGCCUAUUCCACGACCUGCGCUAGUCUGGAGAAGCGACGUUCUCAUAAUAGCAAUCUGUUCACGGCCGCAUUGUGCCUCAUCCGCGAAAUGGACACAAGCCAACUGAAGGCCCUCGUCCUCGCCAUCCACGAACAGCUUGCUAAUCACCCAACAAGUUACUAGAUCGCUCACCUUUGGUAAACAAAAAUUGGAAGCUCCCAUUUCAAAAAACCCAAAAAAACUCGCA